CUCCAGGAGCACCUCCCAGGGAACACGGCCAGUGAAGCUCUAAAGGAGGGUGCUCUGCUUGAAGGACUGUGGGCAGAUGUGACCAGGAGCCAGCUUUAAGUUGUACGAUGAUAGAUGGAGUGAUGAUUCUUCCUGUGCUAAUGAUGAUUGCUUUUCCUUCCCCGAGUGUGGAAGAUGAGAAGCCUAAGGUCAACCCCAAACUUUACAUGUGUGUGUGUGAAGGCCUUUCCUGUGGGAAUGAGGACCACUGUGAAGGCCAGCAGUGCUUUUCGUCACUGAGCAUCAACGAUGGCUUCCAUGUCUACCAGAAAGGCUGCUUCCAGGUUUAUGAGCAAGGAAAGAUGACCUGUAAGACCCCGCCAUCACCUGGACAAGCCGUGGAGUGCUGCCAAGGGGACUGGUGUAACAGGAACAUCACGGCCCAGCUGCCCACUAAAGGAAAGUCCUUCCCUGGAACACAGCAUUUCCACUUGGAGGUUGGCCUCAUUAUUCUCUCUGUAGUGUUUGCAGUAUGCCUUCUAGCAUGCCUGCUGGGAGUGGCUCUCCGAAAAUUUAAAAGGCGCAACCAAGAACGCCUCAAUCCCAGAGAUGUGGAGUACGGCACCAUUGAAGGGCUCAUCACCACCAAUGUUGGAGACAGCACUUUAGCAGAUUUAUUGGAUCAUUCGUGUACAUCAGGAAGUGGCUCUGGUCUUCCUUUUCUGGUACAAAGAACAGUGGCUCGCCAGAUAACACUGUUGGAGUGUGUCGGGAAAGGCAGGUAUGGUGAGGUGUGGAGGGGCAGUUGGCAAGGGGAAAAUGUUGCCGUGAAGAUCUUUUCCUCCCGUGAUGAGAAGUCGUGGUUCAGGGAAACAGAAUUGUACAACACUGUGAUGCUGAGGCAUGAAAAUAUUUUAGGUUUCAUUGCUUCAGACAUGACAUCAAGACACUCCAGUACCCAGUUGUGGUUGAUCACGCACUACCAUGAAAUGGGGUCAUUGUAUGACUAUCUUCAGCUCACUACUCUGGAUACAGUUAGCUGCCUUCGAAUAGUGCUGUCCAUAGCUAGUGGUCUUGCACAUUUGCACAUAGAGAUAUUUGGGACCCAAGGGAAGCCAGCCAUUGCCCAUCGAGAUUUAAAGAGUAAAAACAUCCUGGUGAAGAAGAAUGGACAGUGUUGCAUAGCAGAUUUGGGCCUGGCAGUCAUGCAUUCCCAGAGCACCAAUCAGCUUGAUGUGGGGAACAACCCUCGUGUAGGCACCAAGCGCUACAUGGCCCCUGAAGUUCUAGAUGAAACCAUCCAGGUGGAUUGCUUUGAUUCUUACAAGAGGGUCGAUAUUUGGGCCUUUGGACUUGUUUUGUGGGAAGUGGCCAGGCGGAUGGUGAGCAAUGGUAUAGUGGAAGACUACAAGCCACCAUUCUACGAUGUAGUUCCCAAUGACCCAAGUUUUGAAGAUAUGAGGAAAGUAGUGUGUGUGGAUCAACAGAGGCCAAACAUACCCAACAGAUGGUUCUCAGACCCGACAUUAACCUCUCUGGCCAAGCUGAUGAAAGAAUGCUGGUAUCAAAACCCAUCUGCAAGACUCACAGCUCUGCGUAUCAAAAAGACUUUGACCAAAAUUGAUAAUUCCCUAGACAAAUUGAAAACUGACUGUUGACAUUUUCAUGGUGUCAAGAAGGAAGAUUUGAUGUUGUCGUUGUCCAGCUGGGACCUAAUGCUGGCCUGCCUGGUUGUCAGAACAGAACUCAUCUGUCUCCCUCCCUCAAUGGCCACUUUGACGAGGCAGACAUCUCACCUAGCCAUGUGCUGGGGAGACACCAAAACCACCCCAACCUCGCUCAAUGACUGUGAACUGGGCAUUUCAUGAACUGUUCACACUUCAAAGACUAAUGGUGGACAGAUACUGUUGCAAAGGUAGGGAACUGGAGGAACACAGAGAAAUCCUAAAAGAGAUCUGGGCAUUAAGACAAUGGCUUUGCAUAUCUUUCACAGUUCUCCUAGACACUCCCCACGGGAAACUCAAGGAGGUGGUGAAUUUUUAAUCAGCAAUAUUGCCUGUGCUUCUCUUCUUUAUUGCACUAGGAAUUCUUUGCAUUCCUUACUUGCACUGUUACUCUUAAUUUUAAAGACCCGACUUGCCAAAACUUUGGCUGCGUACUCCACUGGUCUGUCUUUGGAUAAUAGGAAUUCAAUUUGGCAAAAACAAAAUGUAAUGUCAGACUUUGCUGCAUUUUACACAUGUGCUGAUGUUUACAACGAUGCCGAACAUUAGGAAUUGUUUAUACACAACUUUGCAAAUUAUUUAUUACUUGUGCACUUAGCAGUUUUUACAAAACUGCUUUGUGUGUAUGUUAAAGCUUAUUUUUAUGUGGUCUUAUGAUUUUAUUACUGAAAUGUUUUUAACACUAUACUCUGAAAUGGACAUUUUCUUUUAUUAUCAGUUAAAUUCACAUUUAAAUGCUUCACAUUUGUAUGUGUGUAGACUGUAACUUUUUUUUCAGUUCUUAUGCAGAACGUAUUUAGUCAUUACCCAUGUGACACCACCGAAUAUAUUACUGAUUUAGAAACAAAGAUUUCAGUAGAAUUUUAGUCCUGAACGCUGUGGGGGAAAAUGCAUUUUCUUCGGAAUUAUCCAUUAUGUGCAUUUAAACUCUGCCAGAAAAAAAUAACUAUUUUGUUUUAAUCUACUUUUUGUAUUUAGUAGUUAUUUGUAUAAAUUAAAUAAACUGUUUUCAAGUCAA